UUCCCAACCACAAGUGCCAAAGCAGAGAAGCAGGCAGCACGCGACCUGACCCCAGCAGCCACAGCCAGAGCACAGCCUAGCCAUGUACCUUGAGGUGAGUGAACGUCAAGUGCUAGAUGCCUCGGACUUUGCCUUUCUUCUGGAAAACAGUACCUCUCCUUAUGAUUACGGGGAGAACGAGAGCGACUUUGACUCCCCACCCUGUGCACAGGACUUCAGUCUGAACUUUGACAGAGCCUUCCUGCCAGCCCUCUACAGCCUCCUCUUUUUGCUGGGGCUACUGGGCAAUGGGGCCGUGGCUGCUGUGCUACUGAGUCAUCGUACUGCCCUGAGCAGCACGGACACCUUCCUGCUCCACCUGGCUGUGGCCGAUGCACUGCUGGUAUUGACCCUCCCACUGUGGGCAGUGGAUGCGGCUGUCCAGUGGGUUUUUGGCUCUGGCCUCUGCAAAGUGGCAGGUGCCCUCUUUAACAUCAACUUCUAUGCAGGGGCCUUCCUGCUGGCCUGCAUAAGCUUUGACCGCUAUCUGAGCAUAGUGCAUGCCACCCAGAUCUACCGCAGGGACCCCUGGGUACGCGUCGCCCUCACCUGCAUAGUUGUCUGGGGACUCUGUCUGCUCUUCGCCCUCCCAGACUUCAUCUUCCUGUCGGCCAACCAUGAUCAGCGCCUCAAUGCCAUUCACUGCCAGUACAACUUCCCACAGGUGGGUCACACUGCUCUGCGUGUACUGCAGCUGGUGGCUGGUUUCCUGCUGCCCCUUCUAGUCAUGGCCUACUGCUAUGCCCAUAUCCUGGCUGUGCUGCUGGUCUCCAGAAGCCAGAGGCGCUUACGAGCCAUAAGGCUGGUGGUGGUGGUGGUGGUAGCCUUUGCUGUCUGCUGGACCCCCUAUCACCUGGUGGUGUUGGUGGAUAUCCUCAUGGACCUGGGAGUUUUGGCCCGAAACUGUGGUCGAGAAAGCCAUGUGGAUGUGGCCAAGUCAGUCACCUCGGGCAUGGGCUACAUGCACUGCUGCCUCAACCCACUGCUCUAUGCCUUUGUGGGGGUCAAGUUCAGAGAACAAAUGUGGAUGUUGCUCAUGCGCCUGGGCCGCUCAGACCAGAGAAGGCCCCAGCGGCAGCCAUCAGCUUCACGGCGGGAAUCGUCCUGGUCCGAGACAACAGAGGCCUCGUACUUGGGCUUGUAAUUCCGGAAUGAAACUGUAGCCUGUGCAACCUAAGUCCUAACACAUGCAGGUUCUUCUCCUCCUUGUGGCUGGGCUAGCUUUGACUCACCCAUAACUUCGCUGCUGGGCCUCACUUGCAGCCCAGCGCCUCCAGGUCUCCUCAGAACCACUCUCUCAGCUCCAAGGACAGCGCCAUUACUGAGCCUCGGCUGCCUCUCUUGCUAUUUCAGAGCUAGCUGCCUGGAAACCUCCCACCCUUCGAACUCCGCCUUCCCUGUGUGA